AUGGGAGAUUUUGAUAGAGGGGCGUCAAUAUCCAGGGAUGAUGAAGUAAUCUUCGGCAAAAUCAAGGUAGAUCUAGUGGAAACAGUACAUUUCGAUGGGGGUUUUGUUGGUUCUGACAAAGUCCGGUCACUUGAAUCAACUCCCAUGCUUAACCUUCAUGCUUUCCGAUCAAAAGAGAUAAAAACUAGUGUUGGAAGCGUGAAGAAAAGAAAAGAAAAAGAGGCUGCAGCCGCACCUUCUUUUCACCCCACUUCCACCUCCACCGCUACUCCUCAGCCCCUUCACUCCUCACUCCACCACCCACCUAUCUCUUCUUACCCUCUCAACAUCCACAACUCUUCUUCACCUGAUAACGUUACUACCAACAUUGACCUUGAUGUUGAAAACUUCUUCACUUUGCUUCGCUUGUCAAUUCAAUACGAUGAUGUGUCACUUGCCAAAGUUGUGCAUGCUUUAAUUGAAAAAAUUCAAGAAGAAGAGCAUACUUGUCUCGAUAAUCCUCUUAUUUCAGCUUAUGUCAAACUGGGUCUUGCUAUUGAUGCCUAUAAAGUCUUUACUAGACUUUCAAACCCUAAUGUUGUGUCUUUUACGUCUCUGGUUUCAGGUUUUACGAAGUCUGGUCCAGAGGAGGAAGCAAUUGAGUUAUUUCUCAAGAUGCGAGAUGAAGGUAUUGAGCCUAAUGAACACAAUUUUGUUGCUAUUUUGACUGCUUGUAUUAGACUUUUGAACUUGAAUUUUGGUUCACAAGUUCAUGGUUUGAUAGUCAAAAUGGGCUAUUUGGACAAUGUUUUUGUUGCUAAUGUGCUUAUGGGACUUUAUGGUAAAUUUAGUGGAUUGAUGGAGUAUGUAGUUAAAGUGUUUGAUGAAAUGUCUCAACGAGACAUUGCGUCUUGGAAUACUGUGAUUUCUAGCGUGGUUAAGAAGCUUAAGUAUGAGAAAGCAUUUGAAUUGUUCCGUGAUAUGAAGAGAAAUGAUGAUUUUAGAGUUGAUUAUAUCACAAUUUCGACCCUUUUGACGGCUUUGACUGGAAGUUUUAGUUGCAUGGAAGGCCAAUCUCUUCGUGCUCAUGCUAUUAGAAUUGGGUUAUAG